AUGCACCUGAGCUCUAAGGCGCAGCAGCAGCAGCUCCAGGAUCCGUCGAUGCACGACAUGCCGACGGACGAGCAGGCCGAGGAGGAUUCCAGGGGACACUUCCACAGCAUCCAGGUCAUGCUGGGACUGCACCAGCAGGGGGGCUCGUCGCCUGGACCGCAGGAACAGAUGUGCGGCCCGGCGGACUACGUGCCUGCAACCAACGUGUCGCCCUUGGACCCCAUGGGCACCGGCGGGAUGGGCCAGGGAAGCGGCAUGCUGUCGGGUCUGGUGUCCAUGUCUCCCUGCCUUGGACUCCGAGUGCGCGACAUGGGGGGACCGCUGCCCAGUAUGUCCGGCGGUGCCGGCCAGCAUCAGUCGAUGGGGAUGACCCCCACGGCCACCGUCGUCGGCGGAGACCCCGGCUUGACAAGGAAAGAAGAGCCCCAGAAGACGAAGACGCCUGAAAAGUCUUCGACAUCUGACGGAGACAAGACAGCGAAGAAGAAGAAAACAAGGACAACGUUCACGGCCUUCCAGUUGGACGAGCUGGAGAGGGCGUUCCAGAGAGCACCGUACCCCGACGUCUUCGCCAGGGAAGACCUGGCACUUCGGCUGAACCUAAGCGAAUCUAGGGUACAGGUGUGGUUCCAGAACCGACGCGCGAAAUGGAGGAAGCGUGAACCCCCAAGGAAGACCAACUUCCUGCAGACCGCAGCAGCGCAGAACUUACAGAAAGCAUCACCUUACCCGUCCACGUCUCCGACGCUACCCCCCUUGAACCCGACCAUGGACUCCUGGGCGUUCGGCUCCGGAAACCCGUACGACUUCGGCUUCCAGACCUCAUUGCCGGCGGGGCCAGCGUACGGAGCCGGGUUCGGGACUGGUUCCAACAUGUCGGCAAACCCCAGCAGCUUCUACAGCCCGAUGCUGCCUCCGGCACAGGGCGUGGGCCCGGACUCGAUGCUGCAGUCGCAGACGAGACCUUGCGCCACGUCGUCCCCCGACGGGACCCAGCACCGGUCAGUGAUGUCGUACGGCGUCGCCGACGGCAAGAAGAACUCCCUGGGCACCUCCAAUGGGCUCCUGGAUGGGGACAUGCACCAGAUGGGUUCGCUGCCCCACCUGCUUAUCAAGGGCAAGGACGCGUCGCUGUCUCCGCUCCCUCCACUUGACUUCUUCACUUAG